AGGGGAACAAUAACUUUGACAGUUCCCUUUUUUGCCGAAACCGCAACUUCUGCACUGCAACUGUUGUGUGUUUUCGGUAGUUCCGCAGGUAUCGAGCCGCUCAGCGCAGAAAAACCGCAUCCCAGCCCCGACCCGGCACACAAACCACCCGCCAGCAUGGAGGAAAUCGAGCUGCCGAAGCUAGAAAGCGACCAAAAAUCGUACGCGGGCAUCCCGGAGGCCGUGUUCGUAGACGAUGUGGAGCAGUUCAUGAAGGACUCGGGCAACGAGGACAGUGUGGAGAAGGUGCUGAAGAGCUUCGACGAGCAGCACAGCAAGUACCGGUUCAUGGAGUACAACAUGGUGUCGCGCCGAAGGCGGCUGCGGCAGCAGAUACCCGAUCUGACCAAAAACCUGGAAAUGAUCAAGCACCUGCGGGAGCAGUCGGAGGACCAGGAGACGCAGUUCCUGCUGAGCGAGCAGGUGUUCGUGAAGACGGUGAUGCCGCCGACGAAAUCGGUCUGCCUGUGGCUCGGCGCCAACGUGAUGCUCGAGUAUCCACUGGACGAGGCGGAGGAGCUGCUGCGCCAGAACAAAAAGUCGGCCGAGGUGAACCUCCGGUGCCUGGAGCACGAUCAGGAGUUUCUGCGCGACCAGAUCACGACGACCGAGGUGAACAUGGCCCGGGUGCACAACUACGACGUGAAGAAGCGACAGGCGAAGAAAGCGUCCGGCGAGGACAAAUCGUAGAGAGCUGGUAGACACGGGAGAGAAAGCGGCAGCGGCGAUACACACUCACACUAACACACACCAAUUUAAUCGGAGACGUAUGAGGGAAAUAAAAAUGCAUUUCUGAUAUCCAUCGUUCGUUAUCUA